AUGGCUUUACCGGUCACAGCUACAGAGACAGCUCCGGUUCCUCAACGCCCCAUGUAUCCCGAAGGGGUGCUCACCAAGUUCUCGCCGGAGGGCGUCGUCCUGCGAUUUCCCGGCAACACCACGCUCUGCCACCUCCCCGCGGACUGCCCCCUCCUGCCCGGCCUACGCGACCUCUACAGCGCGCUGGCGGCGCACCCCGUCCUUUCCAAGAAGGUGCACCUCCUGCCUCCGGCAUCGUGGCACAUGACCGUCUUCGACGGCGUGCGCGACAGCGAGCGCGAGCCGGUGCUCUGGCCCGAAGGCAAGCACGAGCUGCCCCUGGCGGAGAUGACGUCCGAAUUCGCCGGGCGGCUGAGGGAGCUCGGGCAGCAGCUCGAGGCCGAGGGCCUGGCCCCUCCGUACAGGAUGAGAGUGCGCAACUUUGACGGCGCCCUCAUCGGCAUCGGCAUCGAGGUCGAGGGCGCGACGGCGGACGAAGAGCGGAGGAUGCGGCGUCUGCGGGACAGGCUGGCAGAUGCGAUGGGGUUCAGAGCGCCGAACCACGAGACUUAUCAGUUCCACCUCAGCGUGGCCUACCUGAUGAGGCAUUUGGAGCCCGACGAUCGGGCCGCGCUCGACGAAGUCCGGGACCAGCAUUUCCCGUCUAUACAACGGGAGUUUACCUUGGGCGAUGUAGAGUUUUGCACGUUUGAGGAUAUGUACUCGUUUCCCAGGGUCUUUUACCUGGGAAAGAAUAGUCAAUAG